UUUAAGGCAGAAUAAAAGAUGCCCGUGUUAGCAUAUCAAAUAAAUAACAACGUAAAGUGUAGUGUCCCUAUCUCUUCGAAUAUUUGCAUAAAUAUUUAUAAGAUGCUAAGUGAAAAAGACAAGGCAUGAAAGAAAACAAGCAAGCACAUUUCAGUCACAAAAUGAUAUCAGUAGGGGAAUCACUAACAAACUGCACAAAGCACACUCAUCGGUUCAACAGUUUUAGUUAGACUCAUUCUGAACUCGCAGUAUUUCGAUUAUCAUAGAUAGUAUAGAUGAUGAUUGAUGGAUUCGAAUCGAAAUUCGAUCGAAGCGAAUGACCAGUUUAGUGAUCUUUCCGACGACGAAAAUGAGAAGAAAAAAACUCUUCGAUCUCAUCGGCACUUCAUCAUCAUCCCUAGCAACCAGUUUCUCAAAUUUAUCAACAAGAAAUUGCUCAACUGACUGUGUGACGGGGUCAGUUGGUGUAUAAACUUCAAGAGCUCAAGAUGUACAAAGUGGUUGUUCUUGCGCUAGCGAUUUUUGCUGCAUGUGCUUCUUUAGAAUCAUACGAGAAUAAGUUUGAAGUAACUGAGGGAUGUCUACAAUACAACAGCAAGGGCGGUUAUUACUACAACCAUCCCUACUUUUCGACGGCCAUUUUCAAGAACAUCCACGUAGGACCCAACAACGUGACCAAACUGCGGCUGGGCGUUGCCGCUAAGAACGAUGGCCAUGUGCGGUUAGCCCCGGUCAAGUAUCCGUACGACAGCACUGUGAUGAAUGAGAUUGUUCUAUCCGGGUGGCGAAACACAAAGUCGGAAGUCCGCCGUUACGUCCGUACGGAACCGAACAAGGUGAAAGACCAGAUCGUGCUGAAGGAGCUGUCCAGCUUGGGAAUGCUGAGCGAGUACGGCCCGCUGAUGUUCACCAUGGCGAUUCACCAGGAUGGACUGGUGGAACUGACAAAGGAUGGAGAAGUGGUGCCGUUUUUGAAGUUUCAUGACCCGAAGCUUUCCUACGAGUACAUUAGCUUCUGCAACUGGGAUGUUCCGGCGAUCUACUUUUUCGAUUGUCCACUGGAGCGUGAUAAGCGGAUUUGCGAAGGGGUUGUGUUUUCUUGAAGGUUUGAGUGUUUUAGAAGAAAUGUUUUUUU